CUAUUCAACCCAAUAUCCGUCAAAACUUCUUUGGUUCCUUCACAACUGAUCUUUUUUGCCCUCAUCCACCCCCCUUCCCAUCUCCCCCGAAAAAAUCAUGAUGCCGUCGUUGCUUGACCUCCCCAUGGAACUCUUGGUACAGAUCAUCCAAGAAACGAUCCCAGUAGAUUUUGAAGCCGCGGCGCUCUCUUGUAAAGCCAUGUUUGCUGCCAGCGCCCCUUUCCGAGCGCAAUAUACCAGGCAACGGAAACGGUUUCGAAACUUUAGAUUUUCGAGGAAAGUCGAAGAAAAUCCAGAAGGGGCAGAGGAACCCGGCUUAGCCGACCAUUGGGAUGAAAUUACCCAAGAAACAGGCAUCAAGAUUGUGACCACACGGGAGUUAUUGGAACAGAUCGCACUGGAUCCCUCCGUGGCGCAAUACAUACGAUUCAUUGACCUUAGGGAGCACGAGGAAGAUGAAGAGGCCAUAAACGCCCUGGACGCCGAGGUACCUAGAACUCUUAGGGACUUGGUGCUUACCUCGCCCUUUAUUGAGGCCGUUAGGGGCAAUCCCGAUGAUUGGAUUGGAGGAAUUAAAGUGUCUGGGCUGGAUGCAGACGUCUUUCUCCUGACCUUACUACCACAAGUGCGAGAGAUAGCUUUACGUCCACGCUGGGAUGAAAUCGAUCUUUGUAAUGAACGUCUGUCAUCGGUACUCAACCUGGUUACACACCGGGCCAAUCACCCGGAGGCAUUUCCCGAUGCACCGUUGUCCAGGCUCUCCGUCGUGCAUCCCUCCCGUGACAUGGGCUACGAAGAAAAGUCCCCAUUGACACCAUUCGUACCAUUCCUAGCGAUCAAUUCUGUGUCCGAAGUCUACUUGGGUAGCUGCGUCCUCAAGGACGACGGGUACACUGGAUUCGCCUUCGUCCCAAUGGUGGAAUGCUACAGCGCAAACUUGCGGAAAUUAAGUUUAGAAUUCUCUGUCGCUGGCCCAGAGGAGCUAUCACAGCUACUUUCGCGAAUCCCGAACCUGGAGAUUUUUGAGUUCUCUCAUGAAACCAAGUGGCAUGGCUGCGGUCAUAACUGGAACGUUGGUGCCAUUUUGGAUACGGUGCAAGAUACCUGUGCAAAGACACUCAAGGAAUUGUCGGUGACAACUUACACAGAUUGGGGUGAUAUAGGGGCCACACUGGUGGAUAUGACUCGUUUCCAAAAGCUGGCCGUGCUCGAAUUGGACGUUGCAAUGCUGUGCGGUCCCCCAUAUGAUCCGUCGAUGAGAGAUCUGGAAGGGGAUGAACUUGAGUCGGUUGGCAGUCCAGCCUGGCCCAAACUGAUCGCUUUGUUGCCAGCAUCCAUUGAAAAAUUCAACCUGUAUCUCUCCACAUUCGAUGAAGAUCAUCUGAAGUGCAUCUCACAUUUGAUUGAGGGCCUCUCAGAUGCUCGGACUACAAAACUCCCCCAUUUAGAUAACUUGAGCCUUUAUGUACGUAUGGAUUCUCUGAGGAUUCCGGACAUGGCACUUGAGAUUUUGGAUGCUGCGAAGAGAAGUGGUUUCUCAAUCCUGAAGUUUGCCACAUCCACCCCUCUUUUAUGAAUGCCUUUUUGAUCAUUGGAUCCGGGGCACCCUCAUAAAAGCGAUCGGUGUUGUCAUAUAGAUUAGGCUUUAGUCGUAUACACUUUUAGAGCGGGUAGUCACGUGAGGGACAUCCUUGAAUUUGUGUAGUAAGAUCUGGCAGUGACAAAAAAG